GUUUGUCUGUGCUCGACGUUCCUGCUCUACUCGAUCUAGUGUCCAUUGGCAUCCAUGAGUACUUUUUCAGGUGAAAGUCAAGACGACCAAAGUUCUACGAGGCAUCGUUCACCCAUCAAAAGGAGAUCAAGAAGUCGUUCUCCUCAACAAAGUCGAGUGAGAUCAAAACGCAUAGUCAUUGCAAACAUCCCAUAUGAUUUAAAUUGGCAAAAGCUGAAGGAGUUGUUUAGAGAACAAAUCGGGUUUACUGGCUUUCUACAGUUGUUUAAAAAAAAUGGAAAACCAAACGGUAUGGGUUUGAUGGAGUUCAAGACACUCGAAGGAGCACAAAAAGCUAUCGAAAUGAUGCAUCGGUUUGAAGUUGGAGACAGAAAGUUGGUUGUUCGACAAGAGACUGCUCGUGAUGCUGCUCGCUUUGCAUCAAUGGAAGUUGACGGAGGGCUUCUAAGUGAUUCUGGAAAUCCCAACGAGUCUGUAAAUAUGGCAGCAGCAGGAUCUGUUUUCACUCCUCAAAUCUUAGGUCAAGUCGGCAUGGACGGGCCAAUCACUGAUUCUGUGUACGUCAGUAAUCUUGACUAUAGUGUAACGUGGCAGAAGCUUAAAGAUGUCUUCAAAUCAGCUGGGAAAAUUCUCAGCUCGGUUAUAAAAACAGACUCAGAAGGGAAUUCUCGUGGUGUUGGUAUAUUAAAAUUUUCGAAUGCGUAUGAAGCAGUCCAAGCCGUCAAUAUGUUUAACAACCAGAUAUUAAAAGACAGACCAAUGCGUGUAAAGAUUGAUCGCCAGGGUACUCCUGCUUCAAUGAACAUAGUUUAUCCCCCACCACAACGAACUGGCUCAUCUGGAAUUCUGGGUUCCACUGGUUCAAUGAUCCCCUCCAAUCCUAUCCUGACUGACCAACAACAAUCUUCAAAUAUUAUUGCUGCUCUUGUGACUUUACUUGGUUUGAAAACAAAUACCGAUACAAAUCCUCAGAGUGGCAUAAUUGAAGUUCUUCGUAAUUUGGCGUCAAAUGCAAAUCUUUCUGGGGGUCUGAAUACUUUGGCAACUACUGGGUCAUCUAAUAACUCUUCCAACUUUACUGGUCAGUCAUUGUCAUCAAUCCCAGAUGCUUCACCAAGUAUACUGCCCUCAACCUGUAUUUAGUCUGUCAAAAUGCGAAAUUUAAAGAAAAAUCGUUUUCAAUUGAGAUCAUGAACCGGUCAGUGUUAGACCACCAUCGAAAGCCUGGAAGCACUAGACGGUCGUUUCAUCCUAAUAUGGAACUCCUCGGCAGAUCCGUACGCGGCACUCAAACUCAGGACCUUUGUUUUCGCGCGGAUGCUUAACCUCAUUUCAUUUUUCAGUUAUAUCAUUGUUCUCAACCCACAGAAUUUGAACAGUUGAAGGGUGCAUGCACAUCGAUCAGGAUCGUUACCAGUUGUCAUCAGGGUAAGAAACAGCAGUGAAUUUGCCCACUGUCUAGUGACAAUUCUCAACUUCUCAAUAUCUUGUAUAUCCGGAAAUGACUAACAGAUUCAAACUUAUCUAUAUUUACUUUCUAAGGUUAUGAUUGCUUUGUGGUGCAAUAUUAUCGUCAAGUUGUAUGUGUGGUAGAUCAAGUAUUUAUUUCAAUGUUCCACUUUUAAACCUUAUGAAACUAUUAAAUUGUUAGUUCUUAAUAGUGAUUUCUAUGUUUGUUGUCGUUGUUCACAUCUUCACUUAUCUAAUUUUUCAUGUUUGUUUAAGGUUCAGGAAUCAAUCGAUCCUACUCAGGUCAACUCCCUCAAGAUGGAUUACAACAAUUAAUUUCAGCAGCUGUCGCUGGUGGAAUGUCUCAGACACAAAUAACCUCUGUAUUAUCGACUCUAGGUUUAUUCCAGAAUUCUCAUUCGGAUCAUCAGUCUGGUCAGUUGAAUGCUUCAAAUAUUAUUGGUCGAGAUGGUGGUGGGUGUGGUGACCGAAGCGUUGAUAGAUCACAUUUUGACAAUGGAUAUGUUGGUCGUUCAAAGUAUGAAAUUCCAGGUGAGCUAGACUGUGUGAGUGAACUUGUGUUGUUGUGUACUGCAUAAGUUCGAUUUCGUUGAUUUGUAAAUCUCUGUUAUUCUCCACUGAUGUUUUCCCAAUACAGUUCUAACUGGUAUUUUUAUUGACAUUAUCUGUGACCAUUACAGCUGUGUGUAUUUCUAUAGUCGUUAAUAAUUAUAAAUCAAAGUUUUUGAAGGUAUUUUUUGUUUUCCGUGAUGGAACUCACAAUACCUCCCGUAUUUUUUAGUCAGAGUUCCGGUGUCAUUUUAGGCUUUUGUACAGCAGUUCUUGGAUUUUUUGGAUGGUCAACAAUGUAGUGCUGAUGUUCAUUUCGCUUUCUCUAAACAGUAUACUGUUUGAUUUGAUGAUGCGUUCCAAGCUCUAUGACAGUUAUAUACCUAUUUCCUUUUGAAAUAAUUUUUCCAAAUGGAUCUAUUUGAAUCAUAGUUUAUUUAUUUUUGUCGUAAUUCAAUCAAAAUACAUUUAGGCUUAUCGAAACUGAUCAUAUUCGACACUUCCAAUUUUUUCAUGUUCACUUCAAUGAGGACGGUUUGAGUAAAUUGUCCAACUAAGUGUAAAUGUCAGUAAUCGUAUGUGUAUAUGUAUUGGAUAUGGCUUAAUUGGUGGAGUAUUAGAAUGUGGAAUUGUUUUCAUCUAGUAUUAUAUGCUCGUUUUUAUCCUUCUAAUGAUAAUGCAUUGGUUAAAUAUAACAAUUUGUUCGCUUUACCUAGUAGCAUGCUUGUCAUGCUUCUAUUUUCUUUUUGACGUAAUAUUAAAAAUUUCCUUUUUACGUAGUAACGUGACUUUACAUCAAAUAACUAAAGUACAUUUUUCUAGAUGCUAAUUUUGUCAAGUAUCUUCGUGCGUGCGUGUGUGUGUCAUGAUCUAAACAAUUGAAUUAUAUUGACAACUUUAUGUUUUGAUAUUUCCAUUUAUUCUUUGAUUAAUAUUGGUAAUAAUAAUGAUGAUAAUAAUCUUCAUUUAUUAGGUAAUUAUCGGGUAGAUUCUCG